UCCUCCAAAAUAUAAUAAAAAUCCCAACUUUAUUAUAUUUUCCAAAAUUAUUUUUAUUAUUAUUUCAUUAUUAUCUAUAAAUUAUCCAAAAAAAUCAUGUCAAUUGCUUUGGGUAAUAAUCGGGUUGAACAGAUUUCAAGUGGGUAUUUACGGCGGAAUAACAAAAUGUCUCCGCCGUAUAAUCUGCCGUCGAUUUUAGAUUCCGGCGAUCGGACGGCGAUAAGGGUGGUUGUGAAAGAGGAGGAGAGAGAAAAUGGGUAUUCAGAUCCAUGCAGUUCUUCAUCUUCUUCGAUUGGAAUGAAUAGUGAUGAUGAAGAAAUUGAUGAAGAAAAUGAAGUUGAAAGUAAAUUAAAUAAUACUUCGUUUGAUUCUGCUGUUGAUGCUUUAGAACAAGCUUUACCCAUCAGGAGAGGAAUAUCCAAUUUCUACAAUGGUAAAUCAAAGUCAUUUGCGAGUUUAGGUGAUGCAGCUUGUUCGUCUAUCAAAGAGAUUACGAAACCAGAGAAUGCUUACUCAAGGAAACGUAAAAACCUUCUUGCAUAUAAUCUUCUCUGUGACAAUGGCAGGACAUCGUUGUUGAAAGGAGGUUCCGGGAUUGGAGGUGGCAUAGCGAAAAGACCAACCAACUCUAGUCGGAGCACACUAGCACUAGCUGUCGCUAUGAAAAAUUGUGAAUCUUAUGCCAAUGAAGAUGGUUCGGUUACUGAAACGAAUGGGAGGAGCGAGGCGAGGAACACUUCCCCCUCCUCACCGUUAUCUCCUCUGCCUCCUGCGCCUUGGCGGUCUUUUUCCCUUGCUGAUUUGCAGCAUUGUGCUGUUAGUGCUAGUGUUGUGAACUCUAACUUAUCUUCCCCUUUAAUUGGUAAAAGAAAUAAACAUGAUGAAGUAUCUUGACAGAUAAAUGUAGGCUUUUGUUAAUGACAAUUAACAAUCAUAUAUAGUAGGCAGUGUUCAACCUGCAUGUUGACUUUUAUGCACAAUAGUAUUAGUAUUCGAGGCAAAAUCAUCUGUUGAAAGUGCUUAUUUAGCUUGAUAAAAGGGUUAAAUAUUUGACAAAUUAUCUAAUUCUAGGAUUACUACUUGUAGAACUAGUUCAAGUUCUAUCAACCUGAUUAACCGUUCAAAAUUUGAAA